AUGCACGAACGAUUGCCAACUAAGGUUGCAUUAAAAGAAUUACAUCGUUCGGAUGAGGAAGCUAUUGAAAAACUUAUUCAAGAGAUGAAAAAUCACAUAUUAAUGUUCCGAUGUUCUCGCCAAAUACCUCCUACUUUCUUUGGUGUAUCACGCAACCCAAAUACAUCAAGUUUUAUUAUGGUAACUUCCCUUGCUGAAGAAGGAGAUUUCCGCUCAUAUCUUAGAAAGAAUGCAGCUACUUUGACUUGGAAGAAUAAGUUAGAAAUGCUCAAUGAUCCAACCGCUAGCACCGCAGAAAGGAUUCAUACAGCUGGUGGACAAAUUUGCCAUAAAGAUUUUCAUCCUGGCAAUAUUUUGGUGAAUAAGGAUGGAACAGUUGCAUUAUUGUCUGAUUUUGGACAGAGCGGUUAUGCUAAUGAUUCAACUGCUGUUGUUGGGGUUCUUCCGUACCUUCCACCAGAGGUAAUCAAACAGCAACCAUACACACCAAAGGCAGAUAUUUAUGCUUUCGGAAUAAUACUCUGUGAAGUAGCGACCGGUUUGCCACCUUUUCCUGGCCGCGAACAUGAUAAUAGUUUAGCGAUAGAUAUUGUAAAUGGACUUCGCCCAAAACUACCUCCAGGCUUGCCACAGGACUAUAUCGAUUCUGUCAAGAAAUGCCUUGAUGCUGAUCCUGACAAAAGACCUGAAUUUGUACAUGCCCUUAAGUAUGGAACUAUUGAAGAAUUAGAAGAGUUUGAAAAGCUUCAAAAAGAACAAAAACAAGAAAUUGAAGAAGUUUUUGAUAUUAGCUCUAACGUAUAUAUAAGUAAAGUUCAUGACUUCGAUAGUAUUGAUUUAGAUGUUUCGGUUAAGGUUAGCUACCUUGAUAUCAAACCUGUUGCUAAAAACAUUGAUCAUAAAUUAACAUUAUUCGUUGGAAUCCAAAUUUCAAAAGUCCCUACAUCCAGCGAAGAAUCUACUAUAGCUCUAAAUACUGUUGAUUCAGUUGAAUCAUUUGUGGAAGAAAUAACACAAGGACAUUGGGAUACAGUUUUGAGAACGGUGGCUAAUCUAAAAAUACCUCAACGUAAAUUAAUUGAUCUCUAUGAACAGAUUGUUUUGGAAUUGAUAGAGAUGCGCGAGCUUGGCGCGGCUCGUACGUUAUUGCGACAAACAGAUCCGAUGCAAAUGCUACGAGAUCAUUUUUCUGAACGAUACUUGCAUCUUGAACAUUUACUUUCGCGCACAUGGUUUGAUCCUAAAGAGGCAACUCUCUCUAGUGAAGUGACUGUAGUGGCACCAUCAAGAUUGUUAGCUUUACUUGGACAAGCAUUAAAGUGGCAACAGCAUCAAGGCCUAUUACCUCCAGACACAGCAUUUGAUCUUUUUCGAGGAUCUGCCCCAACAACAAAAGCGGAAGAUGAUGCUGAACCAACGAAAUGCUACGCUACAAUCAAGUUUCCCAAAAAACAACACGCGGAAUCCGUUGCAUUUUCUCCUGAUGGUCAAUAUCUGGUUACUGGUAGUGUUGAUGGAUUUAUUGAAAUAUGGAAUUAUUUGACAGGGAAACUACGAAAAGAUUUCAAGUAUCAAGUUGAGGAUAAUCCAAUGUUAAUGGAAGAUCCCGUUCUUUGUCUGAGCUUUAGCAGGGAUAGUGAGAUGCUUGUUUCUGGAGCUCAGGAUGGCACAAUUAAGGUAUGGAAAAUUCAUACCGGUCAAUGUACUCGACGUUUUGCUCCCGCACAUAGUCAAGGAGUUACAUCAGUCUGCUUUAAUAGAGACGGUAGUCAGCUUCUAAGCGCUAGUUUUGAUCAUACAGUAAGACUUCAUGGACUAAAAUCAGGAAAGACGCUCAAAGAAUUUCGUGGUCAUUCUUCUUUCGUGAAUAAUGCCAUAUUUUCUUAUGAUAUGACACAAGUUAUUAGUGCAAGUAGUGAUGGGACAGUGAAGAUUUGGGACAGUAAAACGACAGAUUGUCUGCAUACAGUAAUACCUAAUAGUGCUCAAGCAGCAACUAUUUCUGGUGGUAUAGCCGUCAACUGCGUAAUCCAGAUGCCAAAAAAUAUGGAUCAAGUUGUAGUAUGUAAUAAAAGUGCAAUGAUAUAUCUGAUGACAAUGCGAGGCCAGAUCUUGAAAUCAUUCACGUCCGGCAAGAAAACUGGAGGUGAUUUUGUGAGUUGUGCUGUUUCCCCUCAAGGAGAUUUUAUUUAUUGUAUUGGGGAAGAUUCCAUUCUCUACAGUUUUAAUGUAACAAGUGGAAAGUUGACUUCCACUUUAAAGUUGUCUGAAGUUGAAGUGAUUGGAGUUACCCAUCAUCCAUUUUCCAAUAUUUUGGCAUCAUAUGCAGAUGAUGGUGUGAUAUCUUUAUGGAAACCAUAA